GGCGCUCCUCUCUCUCGGUCGGGGGAAACGUCAGGACAGGGCGAGCCGCGGCAAGCGUGCGCGCGUGCUUGUGUGCAUCUUCGUUUUUACUCGAGAAACCAAUUUCAGGUUUGUUUUCGUCGCACAGCUGAUGUGCGUGCGGACACGCGCGUCGACUCGUCCCCGUCGAGGAUCCAUGACGUUCGGUUCUUAACGGCUGGCGCGAUCUGACCGUACGAUGGCGAGCGCGAGCGACAAGUCGCAGCCGAGGCUGCAGUCCAACGAGGAGGUCAUAGAGGAGCUCACGAGAGAUCUGGAAAGUUCCUGCGUGCGAGCGGACGAUGCUUCGGACGCGCGAUCGAAGGGCGACAAUUCGUGGGACGUCGUGGACAAGGAGUGCAACGAGGAUGGCAACGACAACGCGCGAAGUACGGAGGAGGACGUGGACGAGGUGCUCCUCAAGGACAGAGACCUGUUACUCACGGAAAGCGAGCAGGAGGCAUUCAAGGACGAAGCGGAGAAUUUGAAGCAGGCGGGCAACGACCUUUUCAAAAACGGCGAAUACGUACGGGCGAUAUCGCAGUACACAAGGGGAUUGCAAACCUGUCCUUUGGCGUACAGCAAAGAGAGAUCUAUAUUGUAUGCGAAUAGGGCAGCGGCGAAAGCGAAGUGUCAGACAGAGAAGGAUUCGGCGAUAUCCGAUUGUACCAAGGCCAUUGAAUUAAAUUCCAGUUAUGUAAAGGUGUAUUUAAGAAGAGCACAGUUGUACGAAGAGACGGACAAAUUGGACGAGGCGUUAGAGGACUUCAAGAAAGUAUUGACAUACGAUUCUAGUCACACAGAAGCCAAUCAUGCCGUCAGGAGGUUACCCCCGUUAAUUAGCGAAAGGAACGAGAAGCUGAAGGCAGAAAUGUUGGGUAAACUAAAGGAUCUAGGAAACAUGGUUUUAAAACCCUUUGGCCUUUCCACGAAUAACUUUGAACUGGAGAAGGAUCCCAACAGUGGUGGCUAUUCCGUAAAGUUUCAUCAGAACCCCAUGUAACAAGCUAGUUAUACGUUUCUUAAUCAUAAAAAAAAAACUAUGGAUAAAAUUUGUUUUACCUGUGUAAGAAA